UCGAACAGUACCGUCGAGAUCAACAGUCUCCUUUCACCUUUCUCAGCAAAAUGUUGGUGUACUUAAUAUCAGCCAUCCUAGUUUUUGUUUUUUACGUAAAAUGGAAAUUAUCCUACUGGAAAAGAGCUGGCUUAUACCAGUUUGACACCGAAUUUCUUUUUGGAAACUUCCGCAAAGAGUUACUAGGAAAAGCAAGCAUUUUCGAAGCCUUUAGCGAACAAUACAGGCAACUCAAAGCACUAAACCAGAAACACGGAGGUGUCUACUUGAUGAUUAAACCAGUAUAUGUUCCAGUGGAUUUAGACAUUAUCAAGAGAAUAGUCAUCAAAGACUUCCCAUAUUUUCUGGGCCAUGGAGACAACUCCCAUCCAAAAGACAACCUUACCAUGAACCUUUUCGGACUGUACGGCGAUCCUUGGAGGAAGCUAAGAACUAAACUCACUCCGACCUUUACUUCAGGUAAAAUGAAGUUGAUGUUCGAUACUUUAGUUGGAAAAACUACUGGUUUAGAAAAACUAGUUAGGAGUCACAUAAAAAAUAACAAAGCCCUUGAUAUAAAAGAAGUUAUAGCAAGGUUUACGACAGAUAUAAUUGCCAGUUGUGCGUUUGGAAUUGAAAGCAACUGUUUAGAUGAAGCUGAGAACGAGUUCCGUAAGUACGGAAAGAAAGUUUUCGAACCCACGACCUGGAGAGUGUUUGUAAUGAACGGCCUUCCAAAAUUUUUAUUAGAUUUAUGCUUUAAUCUGGGAUUUCACGCUUUUCCUAAAGAGAUUAACGAAUUUUUCACGAAAACGGUGCAGGAUACCAUUAGAUACAGGGAGGAAUCGAAAGUGAUCAGAAAGGACUUCAUGCAUCUGUUGUUACAGAUGAAGAAUCAAAAAGAUAAGGCGGAUUCUAUCACAGAAGAUGAGAUAAUUGCGCAGUGUUUCGUCUUUUUCGCUGCUGGUUAUGAGACUUCGUCCACCACGACAACGUUUGCUUUGCUUGAGUUGUGUCAGGAUCAGGAGAUUCAGGAUAAGUUGAGGGCGGAAAUCAAGGAUGUGUUGGAGAGGCACGAUGGGAAGAUUACCUAUGAUGCUAUCAUGGAAAUGACGUAUUUGGAGAUGGUUCUUAAUGAAACACUGAGGAAAUACCCACCAGUUCCUGUAAUACCCAGGUUAUGUACCAAAGACUACCAUGUACCCGACACGGAUGUGGUUAUUAAAAAGGGAACCAACGUUCAGAUUCCAGUGUGGGGUAUCCAAAACGAUCCAGAAUACUUUCCCAAUCCUGAUAAAUUUAAUCCAGAAAACUUUAACGCAGAAAACAAGGCCAAAAUCCACGAAAUGGUUUUUAUACCUUUUGGAGAAGGACCUAGAAUGUGUAUAGGUUUGCGUUUUGGCAAGUUACAAUCCAAAGUUGCGCUGGUCAGUUUGCUGCGAAACUUCAGAUUUACCCUAAGCGACAAAACUCAAACUCCCAUCAAGUUUGAAAAAGUCAGUUUCAUAUUGGCUGUUGAAGGGGACGUGUGGUUGAACGCAAGUGAACUUUAGGAAAUCAAUAAAAUUGUUUUAUUGAUAAACUACAUACAUCUGAUUAAAUAAAAAUGUUAAAUUAUCUAAUUAGAAAAUCAUUGUUGUAUAUAAUAUAGUGAUGUGUCUAUUUUUGAGCUAAAAUUUAGCUUAUUUAUUAUCUAGUAUUAUUAGUUUAUCAUAUAUUUAUAAUAAAAACAAAUUGUAUUAUUAAAACUCUAUUUUUGUAUAAA